CUACUACAGGCUAGCCUACUACAGAAACGUGAUAAAUAGAUGUUAGCUUAAUGUAGAAGGGACUACAAAUAUGCUGCACACUACAGUUCCCAUAAACCGCGAAGAACGAACAGAAGAGAGAUGUUUGCGCAACCUCAGUGUAUCGCAAGUGUGUACCAGUUCCCCCCUCCUCAUUUCAAUGUAAGAUGGUGGCAAGAAGCAACUAGCUACCAAAAGAAGUAACCUAGCCAGAAAGCUACCUAACUUAGAAAUAUUUCGUAUAACCCUAUCUCUAUCAUAUCUGCAACUAUAGAAUUUCUAGGUAGACUACUAGGUAAUCGAAGAGAAAUUCCAUUGUGUUCCGUACACACAUCUAACGAUAUCUGACACUUGAGCAAUUUCCGCCUAAAUUGGUGUGAAUAUUGUUUGGAGUGGAAUCCUUGCAAUCAGGCCCACUGAGAGCCACCAGUGAUCACUGUGCUGUAGGAUGUCUCGCAGCCCAGACGUCAGAGAGGACCCCAUGGAGUGCCCACUGUGCAUGGAGCCCUUGGAGAUCGAUGACGUCAACUUUUUCCCCUGCACCUGCGGCUACCAGAUCUGCCGCUUCUGCUGGCAUCGCAUCCGCACAGAUGAGAACGGCCUCUGUCCCGCUUGCAGAAAGCCCUACCCAGAGGACCCAGCUGUUUACAAGCCCCUUUCACAGGAAGAGAUCCAGAGGAUAAAGAACGAGAAGAAGCAGAAGCAGAACGAGAAGAAGCAGAAGGUCACGGAGAACCGCAAGCACCUGGCCAGCGUGCGCGUGGUCCAGCGGAACCUUGUGUUCGUGGUUGGGCUGUCUCAAAGGCUCGCCGACCCAGAGGUUCUUAAAAGACCAGAGUACUUUGGCAAGUUUGGCAAAAUCCAUAAAGUAGUCAUCAAUAACAGCACAUCGUAUGCAGGUUCACAGGGUCCAAGUGCCAGUGCGUAUGUCACGUACCUCCGCUCAGAGGAUGCCCUGAGAGCAAUACAGUGUGUCAACAAUGUUGUUGUGGAUGGUAGAACUCUAAAGGCUUCCUUAGGUACAACAAAAUACUGCAGUUACUUUUUGAAAAGUAUGCAGUGUCCCAAGCCAGACUGCAUGUAUUUACAUGAACUGGGAGAUGAAGCAGCUAGUUUUACAAAAGAGGAGAUGCAGGCGGGAAAGCACCAAGAAUAUGAACAAAAACUACUCCAAGAUCUCUACAAAUCAAAUCCCACUUUCCUACAACCUUCAACAUGUGGCAGUGAAAAGUCGAAAGGAAAAUCCAGCUCCUCCCAAAGACCUGGCAGCACCAACAAAGAUGGCUGGCCCGUGCUACAAGGCUGUGGUAAGGCAGUCAAUGGUCUACCCACAGAGCACCGUAAAACGCCUCCCGUCUUAGACUGUGGCUCAGACUCCGACCACAUGACCCCAGACGGGCCAGACUCUGAGGAGCUGUGUCCAGAUCAGGGCAUCUCGCCUUUCCCCUCAGCAUUAGACCCCUCCAGUUCCAUUGAUAAACCUCCAGAAUCAAACAGUAUCACAGAGAAUGGAGAGGCUACCCCACAGACAAUGCUCUCGUCUCUCGUUCACCGCUCCUCGGUUCAUCAGCUCCCCAACAGUGACCCCCCCUCGCCUCCCCCUGGCCUGACCAAGCCUAGUCUAGUGGUGCCCAUCAGUGUGGCCGACCUCACAGCACGCUCGCCGUUUGAGGGGGCGGCCGCCGAGUCGCGCUCGCUCUUCUCCGACAACAGCAACUUCCGGCACCCCAACCCUCUCCCGAGCAGCCUGCCCUCUGGCCCCUGCUCACCUCAGGGCGGGUCCGACUGGCCCAUGACCCCCGAACCACAGAGCCUCUUCACCUCAGACACCAUUCCUGUGUCUUCGUCAACGGACUGGCAGGCGGCCUUCGGCUUCGGCUCCUCAGCCAAGCAGCAGCAGCAGGACGACGACCUGGGCUUCGACCCCUUCGACGUGACGCGCAAGGCCCUGGCCGACCUCAUUGAGAAGGAGCUGUCCGUGCAGGAGCUUCCCUACUCUUCCUCCUCCUCCUCCUCCUCCUCCUCCGCACUCUCCCCCGGCCUGUUCCACACACACGCCCACCUGUACCGCUCCAGCCUGGCGCAGCGCUUCGGCCACCUGCACCAGCGCGCCCCGCUCAACGGCCACCUGGGCCCAGCGCCCGUCCAGACCACUGCCCGCCACCCCUGGAUGGGGGCGUCCACGCGCAAUAACCUGGCACACUUGAACCACACAGCUGUGCACAGCAGCUUCUUGGACUUGAAUUUGCCAGUGCAGGAGCAGCAUCACCCUCACAACACCGGCCUCGGGGGCAUUCCCAUAUCAGACAGCAAUGGCUCUAUAGAGAGCCUCAACGUCAAAGAGUGGCAGGAUGGCUUGCGAGCGCUCCUACCAAAUAUCAACAUCAACUUCGGGGGCCUCCCCAGCUCUACCUCCUCCUCCUCCUCCUCCUCCUCCUCCUCCUCCUCCAGCGUAAACCACAUGGGGGGGCCCGGCGGCCCCCCAGCAGGGCUCUCGCACAGCCUCAGCUGGGACGCAACGGCCAGCUGGAUGGACCCGGCCAUCAUCACAGGGAUCCCUGCCACCGCAGGCAACAGUCUGGACUGUCUCCAGGACGACAAUCCGCCACACUGGCUGAAGUCCCUGCAGGCGCUAACAGAGAUGGAGGCCCCGGCCAACAGCCCCCCUCAGCAGCAGCAGCCCCCCCCACAGCACCACGUGGGGCUGCUGGACACACACCUGUCCUCUCUGCACAGAUCCGGCUGGGCGUCCUACCUGCCCCCCUCCAGCGCCACCCCCAGCCACUACCACUCGCCUCCGCCCGGCUUUCAGACCGCCUUCAGACCCCCCGGCCAGACCGCCACGCCAGACAUGCUACAGACCGCCGCCAUGGACCGCCACUAGGGACACACCCAUCACUCCCACGCACACGCACCACACACACACACACACACACACACACACACACACACACACACACAAAAAAACACACAUAUUCAACCAUGAGAA